AUGACUGAAUUUUCCAGCAAGGUCUUUGAAUAUGAGAAAUUUGUGAAUGAAAAACUUAAAGAAGAUUUGAGGUUGAUACUUGAACAAAGAGAUAAAACUUAUCAGCAAAUUGCUGAAUACUUACAACUUAAAACUUCCAUCGAAAAGAUACAAGAAGUCAAGCUUACAGAAGGUCUAAAGACUAAAGUGGAUCUUGGUUGUAACUUUUAUGUCCAGGCAAAUGUGCCAGACUCCUCGAGAAUCUUUGUAUUUAUAGGAUUUGGUUUCUUUUUAGAAAUGACCCAUGAUGAAGCCCUUAAAUUUAUAGGCAAAAGAACAAAGUUACUAAACGUGCAUGUAGAAAAAUUGACAGACGAUGCAGCUAAGGUUAAAGCAAAUAUUAGGUUAGUCCUCGAAGGUUUAAGAGAGUUGCAACAUAUCAGCAAUGAACAAGAAACACCAAAAAGGGAAAUGUAA